AUGCAGAAAAAUCAGAUCAUAGCCAUGCUUCUCUGCUUCGCUUCCCUACUCAUGUUUAUUAUAAUCUUCGUCACCAUGCGACUUGUCAAUAUUUUUCUAUUAUUUCUCCACACACCAGCGCAAGCUGACAGCCAUAAUUUUAGAUCAGAUGCGAAAUGUUCCAUUGGAGAAGAUCGGGCAGUUGAUGGCGAUGAUGGUGUGACGGUUGUCACUGAACCUGCUCCUGCGACAGUCUGA